AUGACCAACACACGCUUCCAGGAGUGGUACUCGAGCUACGGUACCCUAUUCCAGAACAUCUCCUCUAACGUCUGCAACGAGACCCUGCAAGGUUACCUGGCCGCCAGCAAUGGCGACACGUGCGACCUUCACAUCGACUGCAUGCUCGAGAACACCAGGGAGAGCGUUAAGUCGGCCAUCGCCUCGGCGGCCAUCUUUCUCAGUCUUGUACCGACCGUCAUGUCCAUGCUCGGCCCCAGCUUGGUCCAUCUGGCCAUUCUUUCGACCCGCCGACCUAUACUGUCCUUCCUCCUGAGCGUCGGCUCAAGCGAAUUUUAUCUCGACGGGCUGUUCCGCAUCGAGUCUACAGAAGAAUUGCUCUCCACCACCAAAGGAGAGCGGCUGUUCCCACGCAUCAGAGGUCCGAGGGCCGUCCUGAUCAGUGCCGGAGAAUACGUCCUCGCAUGUCUCGCUGUAGCCAACGUCGUGCACAACUCGUACCGACUGGGCAGCAAGACAAUUGUCAGCUUCGUCUGCAACACGUGGUUCUUCCCGCUGGUUUGGACCCUGAUGCUCCCGGGCAUCUUCCUCCUGGUCGCGAUCCCGUUCCAGUUCUCCGCCGUCGCCAAGGCCAUCCGACAACGCUCUUACCGCCGGCAAGAACCGCCGAAGGCCGCCAUCUUGGCAGCUUCGUCGCUGGAGCCACCGGCGCCGCCAAAGUCUGGCGCUCCGCAUACGGACAGUUUCAAGGUGGCCAAAAACGUCGUUGCUCUCGAGGGGCUGCCGUCGCUGGGCCACCCGUCAAUUCCGAGUCAGGAUCUCCCGAAUUUUGAGAAGUGGCUCACGAUACUGCUCAACGUAGCUUCUUUUGUUGCUGCUAUUCAUGUCUUGGUUGGGAUAUGUUUCUUCUCGUCUAUGCUCUUCAUCUCUGUAGUGGACGCUAUCGAGGUUACGUUACGCUACCUCGUGUCGGCUGCGGUGUGUCGGCUGGUCGUAACGUUGGAGUUUACAGGAAUGAAGGCAAUGGCGGACCAUGAUCAGGGAGACGAGUUUGGUAGCGCUAGACGUGAGCAGAGCCGACCUUAG